AUGUCUGACACCAAGGAAUUCACCUACUCCGACGUCUCCGAACACACGUCCAAGAAGGACCUCUACCUCGUCAUCCACGACAAGGUCUACAACUCCUCGAGCUUCGUCGACGAGCACCCAGGUGGUGAGGAGGUCCUGCUCGAUGUAGGCGGCCAGGACGCAACCGAGGCGUUCGAAGACGUUGGCCACAGUGACGAGGCCCGAGAGAUCCUCGAAGGUCUGCUGGUUGGCAACCUCAAGAGACAGGAGGGUGAUCCAGCACCAAAGUCCGCCGCACAGCAGGUCGCCGACACACGGAAGGCUGUCCAAGCUGGCGGCAACGGCAGCGUCGCCGUCUACGCCGUCAUUCUCGUUGGCGCCGCCGUAGCAUUUUUUGCAUACCAGUACCUGCAGCAAUCCCAGAACAAGUCGUAA